AUACGUAAUGACGUACUGAGACGCGCUGAGGCUGUUUGCUGAUUGGUUAAAAACAAUUCGACAGACGACAAGCCGUUGAAGGGGGAAACCGAGCUGCCAAUGCAUUAAGGUUAUACAGGAGACAUGAGCGGCACAAUUCAGCAGAUAUCUCUGAAUCCAGGCACCCCCUACUUCCUGAGAGUUGACUGGGCUGUGGAUCUUGGUGCGGGCUUCACACUAGCUCUCACUGAUGGAAGCUCGGCAUGGAUUGGAGAAGUUUCAGAGGAUGAGAUGACAAGAGAAGCCAAUGACUUGGGCGUCAUAAGAGAGAAAUAUGUUGAGCAUCUUCUCCAAGCUCUGACAAAAAGCGGAGAAAGAGAAGAAGGAAGAAAAGGAGAUGGCAAAGUGGAGUAUUCUUUUAACCUGAGCCCAGAUCACAGCCUGCUCUCAUAUCAGAAGAUCUGCAAAAACGUUUUGGUACACCUGGGCUCCGUGGAGCUCCAACCAGCUCCAGAUCCUUCAGAGUUAAUCCGGGAGAUGAUCGGAAAGUCUCUGCAGCACAGCACCGAUUUGGAGAGGGAAAACUCAAAUCUGUUGGAGGCAAACCAUAGACUUAGACAGGAACACCAACAAAUACUGAAAGAGCUGGAGCAGGGGGUUAAGGAUAAGGAGAUGUUAGAAAAGGAAAUGUAUUCACGUUUUGUCAUGGUGCUGAAUGAGAAGAAAGCUAAGAUCCGAGGCCUGCAGGAUACCGUCCGGCAGCUCAGCCACACUGACGACCAGAAAAGACUGGAAGCCGUUAGUGACAGCGAACCAGCUCAAAGUGAAGAUAACAGUCAUCCAUCGAAGGAUUCAACAAUCCUCCUCACAGGUUGCAGUUUAGUGUCACAAGGGAUCCCUGUUGAUCAAAGUUUUUCAAAUGAUGAAGACAAAGGGCCUCAAGAGAAUGCCUUAUACCCCUAGCAAAGUAUCCUCUGAGGAGCAACAAUAAUCCUGGGUGGAUCUUAGGAACUUCAUAUCCUUUGCAACGUCUUCUGGAGCUGUUUAUAUGGUCACCAUCGAAAUGGAACAGGACCUGAAAUCUAGAAAUGGAUUGGGAAAUUAGGUUUACAUGCUGCAUUCUGCUAAGUGAUGCUGUGUAUAACUUUAGCCUCUCUGCUACAAAGAAAUUAGAAUGUUGUUCAGCAAGCAAGGCCCUUUGUAAAGAACCAAGUCUUCUUUGUCAGUGUUUUUUGGCAUGCUUUGUUUUCUAAGAAUAAAUAAAUGCAAUCUUUUCCAUUUACAAACUGUGAACUAGAGUUCUGCCAAAGAUAAUUUAACCUCUACCUUUUCUGUGUCUUUGUGCACUUAUUUUCUGGAAGUAUGACACUAAAGCAACUAAAAUGGGUGUCUCCAAGGGGGUUAACAAGGAUAUGUUGUUUCUUUACUGUCUUAAUUUCCACACCUUGUCUUUUAAGUCAGCUACCAGCUUAAGAUCUUGAUGUCCCUGGCGUUCGCACAGUAAGACCAAUGCAUCAACCUUCAGGGUCUUUAUCUCAUCAUGCCUCUGGCUUUUAGACCCUCUUGCAGUCCUUUGUCAUUUUGAUGAUACCUUUUUGUCUGCUUAAAUCCACGGGUGGCCACCUGAUUAAGCCUCCUGUAACAUGUUCUUGUUGGUCUAGUAAUCCCCACAAGAAUGUCCCACUCUCUCCUUUACACUCCUCUUGAAUUGGGUAUUUUACAAAGGAAAGUAGAGGGGAGUGAUAGAGGUUAGGGUGAUGAGACAAAAUGACAAUUUGGAGACACCUCUAAAUAGUUCAAUGGUGCCAUUUUAACAUUUAAACAUAAGUUCAGUCUUUUAACAUUAGACAUAACUUUUGUGGGGUUCAGUUUGUCUGUAGAAAUGAAAUAGGCCAGAAGCGCCUGUAUUCUUGAAGGAGCUGCUGGGGUCACAUGAGGGUUCCUUCUGGCCAUAAAGCUAAAAAGAAAGAAAGCUUUUUUUUUUUUUAUUCUACUUCUGUUUAGUUUUUAUUAAAAAAAUCUAUAACUACAAAACAAAUCUCUGUAAAAGCAGAGGUUUGCUAGUCAGUAGCCUAGAUGUGUGCUAUCACAAUAACUAGAAAGAAAGACAUCUGCAAAGACCCUACAGAAGCAACCGCUUCUGCCCAACAAUAUUAAACAGGUUAUAAGGCCACUCUAAAACCUUAUUCAAUCUAUCAAAUGAGAAAUAGUGAAAAAUCUUAUUAAGAAAUUGACAAAUUAAAAAUAUUUUUUAAUCUCUCUGGUAGACUGGUUGUCCAAGGAAAGUAUUUCCAAUGUCAGACCAUGUGAUGCUCCACUACUUCCUGAACUUCAGCAAACUCCUUUGUUUCUUGUCUUUCAUUACUGGAAAAACUGAUUAAUCCAGGCAUGUGUGACCUCAGUAACCAUGACGAGAGUGACCAGACACACCUGGAUUAAUCUGUCUAUCCAGUAGGAAAUAAAGGAGCUGGCUGAAGUUUAGGAGGUAGUGGAGUUGGGCAUAUAGACAACUAGCAGUUAAACUUUUAAAUUAAUAAUUAGAGAAACAAUUAAAAUAAUUAUGGGAGUUUCCUGGAGAUAAAAUCUUUACUAUAAAAAGAUUAUGGCAGUAUGACAUACUAGGUUUUUAAAGCUGCAUGCAAAUUAAUCAGUGGACAGCAUAAACAAGGUUUGCACUAAUGAGACCAACGUAGAGACAUUAGACAUUAGAAAACAUACAGUAAUGCACUGCAUCGUGUUUGGCAAAAAAACAAAAAAAGGCAUUUGUUUUUUUUUUUAGAACUACACAACCUAAACAUUUACAUUAUAUAGGUUGGAAAUGAGCUAUCCUGCAUGAAAGAUUAUUCUUCAAACAAAUAACCCCCCCCAAAACAACUACAUUAUUACUACUGGAAUGUUUUGUUUAGAAUUGUUUAGAACUACUUAAUAAAUACAUUUCCAAACCUAAAACAGACUUUUAUUUCUUUUUAGUAGCAUUUUUUUCAUUUAACAGUAAUGAGUUAUGAUACAAACAAAAUUAAACAAAAAGCCACCAAUGUUUAAACAGGCAUUUUAAUUACAGCCAGGAGCUGCUAUUCCUUAGGUGCUGGCUAGAUAAUGUUGCACAGUUUAGUGAAUAAACAUGUUUGUAAAAUAAAUUUGCUGAUUUGUUUUUAUUACAAUUCAACUGGCUAAAAUUAUAUAUAUUUAUUGGUGUAAGCAUUAUUUUUUAAAAAUACAAAUAUGGUUAUCUCUUUCCCAAAACUAUUUUAUAACUGCUAUAUGAUUGUAAUAUUCAAAGAUGAUGUAGGUCUAUAUAACCCAGUGCCCUGUUUCCAAGGGCGGGCUACAUCUAUCAACUGCACACGUGCUUCUGCAGCUGAACGUUUAGGAAAAAGCAAACUGCAUUGGCAGCCUCAAAUUAAGCAUUUAGUCACUUGCUUAUCAUCGUCAUUCACUUACUGAGUGCACCUGUAGAAUUCCCAUCAUCCAGAGAAAUGACAGGAGUU